UCCGCCGUCUCUUUCCACCUUCAGCCAUUUUGAAAGCAAUGUUAGGAGCCGUGGGACGCUGCUGCACCGGGGCGCUUCAGGCUCUCAAGCCUGGGCUCCAGCCCCUGAAGGCCCUCGCUGGAUCCCCAGCUGUGCUUUCCCGGAGAGACUAUGUCGCGCCGGCUGCCGCCGCGGCCAUCGCCAACGGUCGGAUCGUGGCUGUCAUCGGCGCCGUGGUCGACGUGCAGUUCGACGAGGGCCUCCCUCCCAUCCUCAACGCCCUGGAAGUCAGCGGCCGUGAGUCUAGGCUGGUCCUGGAGGUGGCACAGCAUCUGGGUGAGAACACCGUGCGUACCAUUGCUAUGGACGGUACAGAGGGUCUGGUCCGUGGGCAGAAAGUAUUGGACACAGGCGCCCCCAUCAGAAUCCCAGUGGGUCCUGAGACCUUGGGCAGAAUUAUGAACGUCAUCGGCGAGCCCAUUGAUGAGAGGGGUCCCAUCUCCACCAAGCAGACCGCCCCCAUCCACGCCGAAGCCCCAGAAUUCACUGACAUGAGUGUGGAACAGGAGAUUCUGGUGACUGGCAUCAAGGUGGUGGAUCUGCUGGCCCCCUAUGCCAAGGGAGGAAAGAUCGGUCUGUUCGGUGGUGCUGGUGUCGGCAAGACCGUAUUGAUCAUGGAGCUGAUCAACAACGUGGCCAAGGCCCAUGGUGGUUACUCAGUGUUUGCCGGAGUGGGAGAACGUACCCGUGAGGGAAAUGACUUGUACCAUGAAAUGAUUGAGUCUGGUGUCAUCAACCUGAAGGACACCACCUCCAAGGUGGCGCUGGUGUACGGACAGAUGAACGAGCCCCCAGGCGCCCGUGCCAGAGUGGCUCUGACUGGACUGACCGUUGCUGAAUACUUCCGUGACCAGGAAGGUCAGGAUGUGCUGCUCUUCAUUGACAACAUCUUCCGCUUCACACAGGCUGGCUCUGAGGUGUCUGCUCUGCUGGGUCGUAUCCCCUCUGCUGUGGGUUACCAGCCCACCCUGGCCACAGACAUGGGUACCAUGCAGGAGAGAAUUACCACCACUAAAAAGGGUUCUAUCACCUCUGUGCAGGCCAUCUAUGUGCCUGCUGAUGACUUGACUGAUCCUGCCCCUGCCACCACCUUUGCUCACUUGGAUGCCACCACUGUGUUGUCCCGUGCCAUCGCUGAGCUGGGUAUCUACCCUGCUGUCGAUCCCCUUGACUCUACCUCCCGUAUCAUGGACCCCAACAUCGUUGGAGCUGAGCACUACGACGUCGCCCGUGGCGUGCAGAAAAUCCUCCAGGACUACAAAUCCCUGCAGGAUAUCAUUGCCAUCCUGGGUAUGGAUGAGUUGUCUGAGGAGGACAAGCUAACUGUGGCCCGUGCCCGCAAGAUCCAGCGUUUCCUGUCCCAGCCCUUCCAGGUGGCUGAGGUUUUCACUGGACACAUGGGCAAGCUGGUGCCCCUCAAGGAAACAAUCAAGGGCUUCCAGAGUAUCCUUGGUGGUGAGUAUGAUGCUCUUCCUGAGCAGGCCUUCUACAUGGUGGGCCCCAUCGAGGAGGUCGUCCAGAAGGCUGAGAAGUUGGCAGAGGAGCAUUCAUAAACAUCAGAACAAUCUUAACUGUUGAGGGGGGGGGGGGGGGGGAGAAAGGAAGAGGUCCUGUGGUAGGAGGCACUUGGUUUGUAAAACGUCAUAAAUGCAUAAAAAUGUACCUGUCGUCAUCCCGAAAGUUCUAUUUAAUGUUUCCAAUGACAGAAAAGUGGAAUAAAGAUCUGUCUUUACAUAAAACUACAACGUGUCAAAUUUUGUAUUUCCUAAGCUUCGAUAUGUUGUAGUGAAAACAAUAGCUUGCUCCUAAUGAGUGACUUCAUGAGAUGGCUGUCCAUAAUCACCCUGACCACAAGAGGGCAUCCAAGAGCCAUGUUGUGCUAUCUGUACUGUUCUGCAGCUUGGUUGACAAAUAAAGCAGCUGUUAAAAACA